AUGUCAUCCACCGAUAUUGCUACGCAGGAGCUGAAAAAUCCCAUUGACACCGCAGAGUACUUGUUCCGGCGUUUACAUGAAGUCGGAAUUCGUUCUGUCCACGGAGUCCCGGGAGAUUACAAUCUUUCUGCUUUGGACUACUUGCCCAAAUGCAAUCUUGACUGGGUAGGAAAUUGUAAUGAGCUAAACGCCGGAUAUGCGGCGGAUGGUUACGCACGCGUCAAAGGAAUUAGUGCCGUCAUCACCACAUUCGGUGUGGGAGAGUUAUCUGCUCUAAAUGCCAUUGCAGGCGCAUACUCUGAGUUCGUCCCCGUUGUCCAUAUUGUGGGUCAACCGACUACUCAGUCACAGAAAGAUGGAAUGCUUCUUCACCAUACCCUGGGUAAUGGAGAUUUUGAUGUCUUCGCCAAAAUGAGCGCCGGGAUUUCCUGUUACGUUGCAAAGCUGAAUGACCCCCGCGAUGCUGCGACCUUGAUUGACAGCGCAAUCCGCGAAUGUUGGAUUCGCAGUCGUCCUGUCUAUGUGACACUUCCCACCAAUAUGGUCUAUGCUAAGGUUGACGGAGAUCGAUUAAAGACCCCAAUUGAUCUGGCAUCGCCUAAGAACGAUCCCGAGAAGGAGGAUUAUGUGGUUGACGUUGUUUUGAAGUAUCUUCAAGCCGCCAAGAACCCUAUCAUUCUCGUUGAUGCCUGUGCCAUUCGUCAUCGCGCAUUGGAGGAGGUCCACGACCUAGUCGAAGCUUCUGGGUUGCCUACUUUUGUUACCCCAAUGGGCAAGGGCGCGGUGAAUGAAACACACCAGAACUUUGGCGGAGUCUAUGCCGGAGAUGGAUCUAAUCCCGGAGUGAGAGAGGUGGUGGAGUCCUCGGAUCUCAUCCUUAGUAUCGGAGCGAUCAAGUCUGAUUUCAAUACCGCGGGAUUCACCUACCGGAUCGGGCAACUGAAAACCAUUGACUUCCACAGCAACUAUGUGCGAGUGCGCUAUUCAGAGUACCCCGAAAUCAACAUGAAGGGGGUUCUUCGCAAAGUUAUUCAGCAAAUGGGCAAGCUCAGUACCACUCCCACUCCCCGGAUCAACAACGCGCUGCCCAAAGAUGAGGAAAAGUCCACUAGCCAGACCAUCACGCACGCCUGGGUUUGGCCAACAAUUGGUCAGUGGUUGAAGGAGCAUGAUAUCGUUCUGACCGAAACUGGAACCGCCAACUUUGGUAUUUGGGAUACUCGUUUCCCAGCAAAUGUUACUGCCAUCAGCCAAGUACUUUGGGGGAGUAUCGGAUACGCCCUGGGGUCUUGUCAGGGUGCAGCUUUGGCUGCUAAAGAGCUGAAAAACCGUCGUACCAUCCUCUUUAUCGGGGAUGGCAGCCUCCAGUUGACCGUCCAGGAGAUUAGCACAAUGCUGCGCAACAAGCUGAAUCCCAUCAUCUUCGUUAUCUGCAAUGAAGGCUACACCAUUGAACGAUAUAUUCAUGGAUGGGACGCCAAAUACAACGAUAUCCAGACUUGGGACCAUGUCAAUAUCCCCAAGGUUUUUGGCGCCGACGAUGGCUACAAGGGAUACCGGAUUAAGACCAGAGAUGAGCUCCACAAGUUGUUUGCUGAGCCCAGCUUCAAUGAUUCCGAUAGCCUUCGGCUGGUUGAACUUUACAUGCCCCGCGACGAUGCCCCUGCUACACUGAAGUUGACAGCUGAGGCAGCGGCUGCGCGCAACAAAUAG